UGCGGACACAGCCGGUAACUCGGGUCAAAACGCUGCGCCAGCGGAGAGAACCCCGCUGUCGCCGUCAUUGGAGGAGGACUGAGGGGCAUGUUGAAGUGGGGUUGGGCCAAAAGGUUGACCCCAAACUCACGUCAAGCAUUCAUGCCUCUCUCAACCGUCGGUUCCUCUGCGAGGACUCUCUCCAGAACACAGGUUCCAGCUUCAUUGCCAUUUCUGGGCCUUGCUUUCCGGACAAGCUGCAUCGCACCUAGGCCUGGUGUUGCUUUCCGGGUCGCCAAUCCUCGGUACAUCUCCUCUCUGUCUCCGAAGCUCCCCGCGAGAACUCGCAAGUCACUUGCACUCCGCUGGGCCGCAGCCCCUGUGUUCCUUGAUAUCCGCCGCCCCUGUUCGCACGCGUCCUUCAGGCACAGGCAAAAAAACAUGACGGAUAGAGACAUCCUUCCGGACACUUUCAAGCCGGCCCACUACGACCUGGUCAUCCGGGAUCUCGACUUUGAGAACUGGUCCUACAAAGGCACCGUCAGGAUCGAUGGCGCACUUGUCAAGCCCACAAGCGAGAUCGUGCUGAAUACCCUCGAGCUCAAGCUCCUCGGCUCCAGGAUUACCAUCAGCGACGGCAAGAGUGACCUGUCAUGGGAGUCGACCACCUUCAACGAGGACACCAAGACCCAGCGGUCGACCAUCACCUUUCCCGAACAGCUGCCAGCAUGCGCCAAGGCCUCUCUAACCAUCGACUUUACUGGCGAGCUCAACCAUGAUAUGGCCGGUUUCUACCGCAGCCAGUACAAGCCCGCUGCCCCGGCCGCUGCCAGCGUGCCUCGCGAUGAUGAGUUCCACUACAUGCUCAGCACGCAGUUCGAGGCCUGCGAUGCCAGACGCGCUUUCCCUUGCUUCGAUGAGCCGAAUCUCAAGGCAACCUUCGACUUCGCCAUCGAGAUUCCCGACGACCAGGUCGCCCUUUCCAACAUGCCUGAGAAGGAGACCAAGCAGGUCGGCGGGGGUAAGAAGCUUGUCUCUUUCGAGCGCACCCCGGUGAUGAGCACGUAUCUUCUCGCCUGGGCAGUCGGAGAUUUUGAGUACGUAGAAGCUCACACGACCCGCGAGUACAACGGCAAAAAGCUGCCUGUCCGUGUGUACACGACGCGCGGGCUGAAGGAGCAGGGCCGGUGGGCUCUGGAGCACGCGCCCAAGAUCAUCGACUUCUUUUCCGAGCAGUUCGAGAUCGACUACCCGCUUCCCAAGAGCGACAUUCUUGCCGUGCACGAGUUCACCCACGGCGCCAUGGAAAACUGGGGUCUGGUGACGUACCGGAUGACUGCGAUCCUGUUCGACGAGAAGCUGUCAGAGGCUAGGUUCCGCAACAGAAUUGCGUACGUCGUCGCCCACGAGCUUGCCCAUCAGUGGUUCGGCAACCUCGUCACCAUGGAUUGGUGGGACGAGCUUUGGCUCAACGAGGGCUUCGCCACCUGGGCCGGCUGGCUGGCCACGGACCACCUGCACCCGGAAUGGGAGGUCUGGUCCCAGUUCAUCAACGAGGACAUGGAGCAGGCCUUCUUGUUAGACAGCGUUCGCUCGUCUCACCCGAUUCAGGUCGAGGUCCGCGAUGCCCUUGAGGUCAACCAGAUCUUUGACAAGAUCAGCUACGUCAAGGGCUGCUCGGUGAUCCGCAUGUUGGCGUCCAAUCUGGGAAUCAAGACCUUCUUGAAGGGCAUCGCCAUCUACUUGAAGAAACACACCUACGGCAACGCAAAGACGGAGGCCCUCUGGAACGCGCUGAGUGAGGCGUCCGGUGUCGACGUGAACGCCAUGAUGCGGCCCUGGAUCGAGAAGGUCGGCUUCCCAAUGCUUGCCGUCACGGAGGGCAAACAGCAGAUCUCUGUCAAGCAGUCUCGCUUCCUUUCCUCUGGAGAUGUCAAACCCGAGGAUGACCAGACCAUCUGGUGGGUGCCGCUUGCCAUCAGGGGCAAGGUCGGCUCCCAGGGUGUCGAGUCGCUCGCUCUCACGACCAAGGAGUCCAGCAUCGACGGCAUUAGUGACGAGUUCUACCACCUCAAUGCCAACGCAACCGGCUUCUACCGCGUGAACUACCCCGAGUCCCGGCUGAAGCUCCUCGGCACCCAGCUACAGCACCUCACGACCGAGGACAAGAUUUUCAUCACCGGCUCCGCCGCCGACCUCGCCUUCUCGGGAUACUCCACGACUGGCGCGCUGCUGUCCUUCAUCCAGGGCUUGAAGAGCGAGACGCACUACCGCGUCUUGAGCCAGGCUCUGGACUCCAUCGCCACGCUCAAGUCCAUCUUUGGCGACGACGAGCAGACCAAGAACGGCCUGGAGAAGUUCACGCUCGAGCUUAUUGACAAGGCACUGAAGCAGGUCGGUUGGGAGGGUCCGAAGGAUGAGGACUUCAACACGAGCCUCCUGCGUAAGCGGCUGCUGCUGAGUGCGGUGGCGAACUCGCAUGAAGGAGUGCGCGCCGAGGCGUUCCAGAGAUGGUCAGCCUACCAGUCCAAGCCGUCCGAGUCCCCCAUUGCGGCCAACCUCCGCGCUCCGGUCUACCGCGCCGCCAUCAUCAAGGACACAUCCAACGCCGUGGCCGCCCUGAAGCGCGAGUGGUUCACGACGCCGGCGAUCGACGGCAAGGAGAUCUGCCUUCAGGCGCUCGGCCACACGCCCGACGAGGCUGUCAUCAAGAACGACGUGCUGCCCUUCCUCUUCAACACGGCCCCUCCCGCCCCCGCCGCCGACGCGGUCCCUGCCGGUGACAUGCACAUCCUGGCCGGCGUCCUGGGCGCCAAUCCGACCGCCCGGCCGCUGCUCUGGGCCUACCUGCGCGACCACUGGGACCAGUUCAGCGCUAAGCUCGGCGGCAACCCCAUCGUGGUCGACCGCAUGGUGAACGUCAGCUUGUCCCGCUUUGCCGACCUGGACUCGCUCCGGGAGAUCGAGGCAUUCUUUGCCGGCGUCAGCACCAAGGGGUUUGAUCGCACGCUCGAGCAGGUCAAGGAUAAGAUCCGCGGGCGGGCGGCGUACAAGAGCAGGGAUGCCAAGGGGGUUAAGGAGUGGCUGGUGGCGAAUGGUUAUGCGUAAAUGUUGAUUUAGCUGUAUCCCAGUGGGGGUGGGGGGUGAAAUAGAUGUCUUGAUUGCGAGUUUGUAGCUGUCUGUAGCACUUGAGGCGUGGAGAGGAAGCGCCGAGCUGCUCGCGAGACCAGUAUCUUCGUGCCCAGCGAAGCACCGUUUUCCGCGGCAGCUGGAUUCGUGUUCUCCGGUGAUUAGGCUCCGGCUAUCCGUGCUCUCUUUCCCUCUUUCGACAUCAGGCCGAUCUUGUCUUGUUGUACCCUACGAUUUCUGAGUUGAGGUGUUCCGAGGUGGAUUUGUUGUAGUUCGCAGCGCAACAGACAGAUAAACUUUGUGAUCAGGCUCCAGCGAU